UUAUAACAUUUGGUUCAUUCUUGUACCUGUUUGCCUGAAGUGAUUGUAGCAUUUGCUUUUAGUUUAUCUCAAAACAACAUGCUGCGUAGCUUUUUUCUCCUGUUAUUUUUGUGUGUGAGCACAGCACAAUCCACGACUACAGAAUGGCCCACAACAACAGCUGCUAGAACGACUUCCUUGGAAACAUCUACACCUAGAAUGACCACAGAAGGACAGCUUCCUUCUCUGCAGGUGGUAGCCACACCAGACUACCCAGUCACAGAAGGUCGUACAGUCCACCUGUACUGUGGCCCUUCCACCAUACCAGACUCUGUCAAUUGGUCCUGGAAACACUGGAAAACACUGGAAGACUCCCAAGAAGUGGGACACUUAAGGGAUCUGACACUUACCAGGCCAGAGCAGAGUGGGACUUACCAAUGCUUUGCCAACAACACAGUAUCUAGCCGUCGGAGCUCAUCGCACAUCAUCUCUAUAACCUCCACUCAUACAACAGUUGCUGAGAAGUUAGGAAUUGCUGCCUUUGUCUUCUUUCUCCUGGCCUUGAUCGCCAUCUUUGGUAUACUUUUUUGGCUCGGAUAUCAAAGACUUGUUGCCACAAAGACCACCUCAAACACUGCAGCUAAAGGUUUCCCUGGAACGGAUAAGUCUCCAAAGGGAGGUUUUCCACCAGCUGAAAGCGGCGGAGAUGUGUACAUGAAUUACACCGGCAAUGACUACACUAAUCUGGACCUCACCAAUGUGACUGGGAAUGAUUACUCAAGUCUUUAAUGAUCAUGCAUUGGAAGGUGGAAAUAUACGCAAUGGAAAAAUACAAAAUGUCAGUAGCAGGAUAUUUGCAAAUAAAACUCAGCAAACCCUUCAACCUGAAUUAUGAGGUUUGCCAUAAAUGUUUGAUUGAAUGUUUUUAGACAAAAAUAACUUGCCACAAUCUGAAUUCGGGCUUGGUUAAAAUAUUCCCAAAUCAACAAGAAAGCUCUUGUUUGCUCUGUAUUUAGCAGAUUUCAAUAAAACCUUUAAUUUGUAUGUGUCUCAAA